AUGUCUGAAUCAUCUCCGUAUGAGUACUACCAGAUCCAAGCCCGGUUUCCAGGCAAAGAUUGCAAUCCUGAUGAUGGCAUCAAUCGCAAGGUCUUUGUCCGCCAGGACAUUGACGAAUGGAGCGGUGCGAAGUCGAACAAAAAGCAAGUAGAUCUUUUUAUCCAUGCUCUGGAUAAUAUCCAGAGGCUAGACCCCAAAGAAAGGCUAUCUUACUUUCAAGUCGCCGGUAUUCAUGGACAACCAUUUGUACGAUGGGACGAUCCUAGCCCAGAGCCCAUGAAAAAUGCCUACUGCUUCCACUCUCAUGUGAUAUUUCCCAUUUGGCACCGGCCUUAUGUGCUUCUUUUCGAGCAAGUUGUGCUUGAAAUCAUAAUCAGGGAGAUUAUCCCUCAAUUUCCGGAAGCCCAUCAAGCGUCCUGGCGUGAGCAAGCUGAGUCAUGGGGUCUUCCUUUCUGGGACUGGGCACGAAAUGGCCGUGUCCCUGACUUGGCAAAAUACCCUACCAUCACUGUUCCUCGGCCCGAGGGCGGAACUGUUCGAAUCAACAAUCCUCUGUUUCGAUUUCGGAUGCCUACAGACAAGCCGAUGCGAAGUGAGGGCGUCGGUACUGAGAACACAUGGGAAAAUGACACAGAACAAGAAGAGUACAAGAACUUUGGCAAUGCAACCGGAACCAGCCGUUGGCCGGAUGAGGAGGACCAGAAUCCAACCAGUGAGGGCUGGCGGCACGGUGUGGUUAAUAACCGCAAAGUAGCAGAUACCUUCAACUCUCAUGAAGGGUACAAUGACAAGAAUCAUGGUCCCGCAGCUGAAAUGGUGUAUCGGCUGCUUACUGUGCCCAUGGACUACACUACCUUUGCAAGCACAAAUCCAACCUCCAAAGACCAACACGUCGAUCAGGACUUGAACAUAGAAUAUAUUCACAACAAUGUUCACGGCUGGACAGGUGCUGCAGGGCACAUGGGAAAUGUGCCAGUUGCAUCUUUUGACCCUUUGUUCUUCUUGCACCACUGCAACAUCGACCGUCUUUUCGCAAUCUGGCAAGCCCUCAACCCGGACAAGUGGAUGGAUAAUAUCCCUGCCAACAAUGCUACCAUCCAUGAUUCAUUUGGCAAAGAGCAUAUCGUGAAUGGGCGCACGCCUCUUCAGCCAUUCCGACGUGAUGCUGGAGGAAAUUACUGGACCCCUGAAGGAGUUCGAUUCCCCUCCAAUCUGGGGUAUUCCUAUCCAGAGCUGCUACGAUGGGAGAGUAGAUACCGCCAAGAGAACGGAACACUCAACCAAGUGCUGUUUAAGGAAAAUAUCACCACCAUCGUCAAUAGGCUAUAUGGUGUGUCGCGUGAUUUGACAUUGGACCCUAAAGCUCCAACUCCAGAGGGCGUUGAGGCAAUUGAAGGUGGGCUCAAACUUACCGAUUUUGCCUUCAGUGUUCGAUUCUUGAAAUAUGCCUUGGGAGGGCAACCUUUCUGGGUCAAACUGUAUCUUGCCCAAGAGGACGGUAUACAAACCCCACUGACCGACUUGAUCGCCGAAGUAUACAACUUCAGCCAAAAGCCAGAUUUGGAUGGCUCUUCGGUCUGCGGGAACUGCACACAAGGACAACAAUUGCGUGUCAAGUCGACCGCUUACAUCCCAAUUGCCCCCGUUCUUUACAAGCUUCUCGGGGGCGGACGGAAACUGAAAUCCUUGACUCGUGACGAGGUUUUAGCAUAUAUUAAAAAGCGCGCAUACUGGCGGAACGAGAAAGAAUUACCUUGCUAUGAAGUUGAGAAACUGGAGCUAGAAAUCAUUGGCAGCAGCAAUGAUACGAAGCACUUCAUCAACCCCGCGACUCCGCCAGUUUUUCUGAACUUCAAGAAAGAGCCUACCAUUACUGGUGGUGCUGAUGGAGCGCUGGAUCCAGAGCUGAAGCAGCCGAAGACUGACCUCUGGCUCCUCGAAAACCUGCCACUUCAUGGCAGCCUCCGCUUCCAGCAGACUCUCAAGGCGGACAGUGUGAUUCUCCUCGAUUCGUCAAGCGUGGAUCCUGUCAAGCCCGACGAUGGCAUCGACAUGACUCAGAUUUUAAUCAUGGACGCAGAGAACGAUCUCAUGUUUCAUAUCUCUAUUCGCCGAGUUCAAGGUCAAAUCAUUUUCAAUGCUAAAAUCGGUGGAUCAUGGGGUCCGGAGGAACCGAUCGAUAUUGACCGUAGAUUCAACAGCAAAGAUGGUGCGACAAUUCUGAUUCACGACCAAGGAGAAGGCUUCGAAGUUUCUAUUGACUGGAUCCAUGCCAUUUGGUUUGCUAAACGUGCUCAGGGCAGGACACCAGAGUCCAUCCAGUACGAUAUUAGUAACAAAGACGGAACUUCUGCUUUGUCCGAGGAUCUCGAAGUGCGCACCUAUCCUUCGAUGAAGGCUUUGUUCCUUCAAAAGCAUGCUCAUGAGGAGAAGUAG